GCCGACUUGUGACUUCAGCUCUUGCUUUUGGACAGGGAACAAUGAACCAACUAGUAACAUAUGAGGCUAUGUCAGUUGUUGGGCCUCUAAAUGAGGGAAUUUUCUCAGUCUAUAACAUCUGCCGGUGUUUAUUGGAUGUUAAAGUAGAUACCACCACUGAUAAAUGCUCAAAUUAUCAAGAAAUAAGGAGACAUAUUGAGCAUGCUGAGCAGUCCCUAAAAAAAUCGGAGACAAUGAUUAACGAAAAACUGAAAAAUCUGGAUGAAUGCAUGUGCCAGUAUUUAAGAGAGAAGACAAAUCUGGAGAACCUGAAGACAGAAAAAAACAUGGCUGUUUUUAAAUUAGAACUCGACAAGAAAUAUAUGGAAGACUUAUUAAAGAAUACAAAUAAUGCUCUGGAGCAGGCUACAAAAAAACUUGAAUCUGCCAAAUAUGCCUCAAGAAUAGAAGAAGAAAGGUUGGAAACAAAUGGAAAAGUUUUCGCUGCAGGGGCGGCACUGCUUGUAUUACCAAUUGCUGGAUGGAUUGCUGGUCCAAUAAUGAUGGCUACGGCAGAUCAGGCAUGGAAAGAGUCUUUAGAUGCCAUCCAAGCUGCUGAAGAGGAGAUACAAAAGUGUAAAGAAAAUGCAAAACCGUUACACCAGACAAAAAUUUGA